UUUUUUUUUUUUUUUCCCUUCAUAAUUCAUUGCUCAUGUACCUCUUUUGGGUGCUAGUAGUUCUAAUAUAUGAAGUUAUAGCCUAUGAACAACACUGUAUUGAUCCUGCAAAUUGUCAAUUCUAUCCUGUACAUGGAUGUUACGCAACUGAUAUUGGUCUUGUUUGCAAGAACCGAAAUAAAGGCGGAUUUGAAAUGAGUAUAGAUCCUAUAUAUACAUUCAUAUAUACACCUCACAGUAUAAAAAAUGAUACUGGCUUGCCUUGUCAUACUAUACCCAUUACUGAUGAAUUGAUAAACUAUGUUGACUAUCGAGGACCUCAAGUGAUUGAUGUCCAAGAUUUAGAACUUAUUGGAAAUUGUAGUAGCAUGUCUUAUUGCGAUAAAAAGACAAGAACCUGUCAACCGAAAUUACCCCUAGGGAGCUUUUGUCAGUAUAACAUGCAAUGUUAUUUUGGCAUUGAUGGCAUUCCAGGUCAUUGCACGAAUCAUACUUGCUCUAUUCGACAAGAUAUCCCUCAAUAUUAUUAUAAUACACCUCGAUGGACAAUGGGCGAUCAAUGGCAAGCUGCUGUCAUAGCUGUUCUAGUUACGGGCGGUAUGGUGAUCGUUUUACUCAUAGGCCGUGCUCAACUAAAGAAAUUAGUGGGUCAAAUUAAAGUGAUAAUAGAAAAAUGGCAAAAUUCAGCUUUCACGCAACAAGAAAAUAAUAUACCAUUUGUAGCCAAUGAACAAGUGUGGAAUGAGCAUCAUGAUCAAAGAUGGUGGAAACAAGUACCUGGAAUGAAUUGGGUUUAUAGUAAAUUAAAACGUGGAGGAGGAAGUGAAGAUUAUUAUCAAUUAGAUAAUCGAGAAGAAGAAGAAGAGAUAAUCACAGAAGAGCCUCCUCCAUAUCAAGAAAAUUAGCUCUCCCGUUUCAUAUGUAUUUCUUAUCUUGAUACUAAUAGUAAAUAUAUAAAUGUAUUCAUUCUAUUUUACUUGAAUGUCUUGUUUAUGAGUAGUUGAAAAUCAUUAUAAACAAAAAUUUAUUCUACUUGAACUAACUAACUUACAUACAUGCCUUUCUCUCGAAUGUAAAUAAAAC